AUAAACGCGACCCAUUUCCACCCGCUUUAUAAAAGAAUCUAGGGUUUCCGUUCGUUGUGCCAUCAAAGCGCCGUUCUCUUCAUCUCAGCAACUUGUGUUAUCUUCUCCACCAAUCGAAAUGACAAAGAGGACAAAGAAGGCUGGGAUUGUUGGAAAGUAUGGUACCCGUUAUGGUGCCAGUCUGCGAAAGCAGAUCAAGAAAAUGGAAGUCAGCCAGCACAGCAAGUUUUUCUGUGAAUUUUGCGGAAAGUAUGCGGUGAAGAGGAAAGCUGUUGGAAUUUGGGGUUGCAAGGACUGCGGAAAAGUCAAAGCAGGCGGUGCAUACACAUUGAACACCGCUAGUGCAGUGACAGUUCGGAGCACAAUCCGAAGGCUUAGGGAGCAGACUGAGAGUUAGACACAGUUGGUUUGUUUUGGUGUGAGUUGUAUCUCAAUGUUGAAGUCUUUCCUUACUAUUGUUAGUGUUCUCGGUUUAUUUUGGAUUUUGACAGUUUUGUUGAAUCAAUGAGGAAUUUGAGUAUUUUAUUUGAACUCUUUUUGUGUAAAAUUAUUCAGACAUGAAACGAUUGUGUAUU